AUGAACAAAGUGUGUGCUAUUUUUGGAGGUUCCCGGGGUAUUGGCAGGGCAGUGGCCCAGAAAGGUUAUCGACUGGCGAUCAUCUCCAGAAAUCUGGAAAUGGCCAGAGCCGCCGCAGGUGACCUCGGCGCUCAUAACACAGGAAAUCAUUUAGCAUUUAGCUGUGAUGUUGCUAAAGAACAUGAUGUUCAAAAUACAUUUGAAGAGAUGAAGAAACAUUUAGGUCAAGUAAAUUUCUUGGUAAAUGCAGCUGGUGUUAACAGGGAUAGUCUUUUAGUAAGAACAAAAACUGAGGAUAUGAUAUCUCAACUUAAUACUAACCUCUUGGGUUCCAUGCUUACAUGUAAAGCUGCCAUGAGGACUAUGAUUCAACAGGGAGGGUCUAUUGUUAAUGUAGAUAUUAUUAUUGGUUUAAAAGGCAAUUCUGGCCAGUCUGUGUAUAGUACCAGUAAAGGAGGAUUAGUUGGAUUUUCACGUGCCCUUGCUAAAGAGGUAGCAAGAAAGAAAAUCAGAGUGAAUGUAGUUGCACCAGGAUUUGUUCAUACAGAUAUGACGAAAGACUUGAAAGAAGAAGAGUUAAAGAAUAGCAUUCCUCUUGGAAGGUUGAAACUAUUCCUCUUGAAACUAUUGAGGUGGCACAUGCAAUUGUGUUUCUUUUAG